AUGGAUCCACUUUCCGGAAAUACUACCAGAAAGGGAAAAGGACAGGUAUCACGAGGAAGUAGUUCCACGACCGGAAAUACCAGGGGAAAUAGAGGAGGUGGAGAGUCAAGUGCCAACAGUGGACGGAAUCCAGAUCGACCACUUGAUCGGUCCUCCAAUCUUGCAUCAAAUCCAACUGCGGAGCAAGCGGGAGGACGUUGGCAAUGCGAACUACCAUUACCAGGUUCCCUAAAUAUGUUUAGUUGCAACCACUGGAAUAAAUCAAACACAAUAACAUGUGAAGCCGCAGAGAAAAACCCCUUCAAGUCCCUCGACUUCACGAACCCGAAUAAAGAUCAAGGAUGUGGUAGACAAAGGCUCGAAGGAUUUUGGACACUGGGGCAUCACGUCAGUAGAUUAAAUCUCUAUCAUAGAAAGAUAGAUCAGAUUCCUGACAUCGACUGGGUUGUCAUGAAAGAUGGUAGCCGUGUUCGCGGCAACGAAGAGAGAUAA